GUGACAUCAAAAUGACGUUUCCCGUUUAAAAGCUUUUAACUAAAUUCCUGCCUGUCAGAUGUAGGCCCCAUUUUGAGCGAGGAGCUGCCUUCCAGGAGCCGGGCUCCUGCAGCGUGCAGGCCCCGGGCGGCCGGCGAGCACGCUCUUUAACCCCGCAGGUGCCUCCGGCAUGGCCGCGGCCGAGGUGCCCGGCUACCUCGCGUCCCCGCAGGCGGAGAAGCACCGGCGGGCCCGCAACUGGACAGACGCCGAGAUGCGCGGCCUCAUGCUCGUCUGGGAGGAGUUCUUCGAGGAGCUGAAGCAGACCAAGCGCAACGCCAAGGUGUAUGAGCGGAUGGCCAGCAGGCUGCUGGAGAUGACGGGCGAGCGCCGGCUGGGUGAGGAGAUCAAAAUCAAGAUCACCAACAUGACCUUCCAGUACAGGAAAUUAAAAUGCAUGACAGAUAGCGAGUCCGUCCCGCCCGACUGGCCCUAUUACCUAGCCAUUGAUAGGAUUCUGGCCAAGGUCCCUGAGUCCUGUGAUGGCAAAGUGCCGGACGGCCAGCAGCCGGGGCCGUCCACGUCCCAGACCGAGGCGUCCCUGUCGCCGUCUGCUAAGUCCACCCCUCUGUACUUACCGUAUAACCAGUGCUCCUACGAAGGCCGCUUCCAGGACGAUGGCUCCGACAGCUCCUCCAGCUUACUGUCCCUUAAGUUCAGGUCGGACGAGCGGCCCGUGAAGAAACGCAAGGGGCAGGGCUGCCACUUCCAGAGGAAGAAGCUGCGGCUGUUGGAAGCCAUGCUGGAGGAGCAGCGCCGACUGGGCCGCGCCAUGGAGGACACCUGCCGCGAGGUGCGCCGCGUGCUGGACCAGCAGAACAUCCUGCAGGUGCAGGGCCUGCAGCUGCAGGAACGCAUGAUGGGCCUGCUCGAGAAGAUCAUCGCCAAGGCCGGCGUCUAGGCCGCCGCUGGCGCUGGCGGGGCUCUGCUGGCACACGCCCCCUCGGCCCGCCCGCCUGCCCCCUCACAGCCCUGGCUGCCCUGGGGGAAACUUCCUUCCAAGGGGCUCUCGAGUCCCCGCCUGCAGCAUUAAAGCCCCGCCUUGGGCUCAGGGCCAGCACUCCAGGGUUAACUCCGGGUUGUUCCCCGUGGGAACAUCCCAGAACCUGCUCUCCAGCACCCUCACUCUUGAUGGUACUUGAAACAGCUCUGGAUGCUAAACGUGUAAUUUCCAUCACUCCCUGAUAGCAGAGCCCACGGGCGCAGGCCUGGAGGGAGGCAGCAGGUCGGUCAAUCUGAGAGCAAGGCAGGUGGAGAGAGCUCCGAGGCAGGUCUUUCCCUUGCCUGAGCCUGCUGCAUCUGUCCUUGGACAGCUUCUGUCCCCGGGGCAGACCCCAGGGUCCGCACCGCGUUCCUCCCCCGGAGACGCCAGGUGUCCCAAGUCCUCCUCUGUAACAACACUCAUAAAAGCGAAGGCCCCGUUCAAUUGUCCAGCCCAGGGAUGUGGGGGGAUGAGAUGGAGGCCUGGCCCUGGGGAGACAAGCCAGUGAGUAGAGAAGGGAGGUCAGAGCAGGUUGUGAAAGUGCCCGGAGGGCGGGGCUGCCCGCAGGAUGCAGACCCGGAGGGGUCAGCCGCAGACACGCACAGCUGGGGGGCGUGGCACCCGGAGCAGCGACCGCGUGGGAGGCCUGCGCUCCCCAAGCCCGGGGAGCGCUCCGGCCAGGAAGGUCUCGGCAGCCACACUCAGAACCCCAUCUGGGAGGGAGAGGAGCUGGGGUGCGGGGGUGGAGCCUUUCCAGAAGCCCUUACCCCCCCGCCCCCCGCCGGCGUCACAUCAGCUGCUGGGCUUCCGGUCCAGGCUGCAGAGGACAGCGGUGCAGGUGCAGCUGGAAGAAGCGGUCCAGCAGAGUCGUGAGUUGUCUUCUGGGUAUGACGGGGACCUGAGCCUGGGACACAGCUGCUUGGCAGCUCCAGGGAAGCUGUUUGGAAGAGGUGGGGAGAGGCCACUGCUCAUGUGACUUUGGUAGGGCGUCCAUGCUGUCAGGGACACAUCCCAACAGAAGAUUACAGCUGGCCACCAAGAACAGACACCUCGACUCCUGGGUUUGGUGCUUUUCUCUGUAUGGGAAGAAUCUGGGCUUAUUAAAAUUCCCCCGAGAUACACAACAACCUGUCCACGGGCCUGUUUGUCCAGAGCACAGGACACCCGUUGUCCUCACGGCCUCGGUUUGGAGGCUGAGGGCUUCAUCCUGUCCCUGCCUUGAUUCCUCUUAGGGUGCACAGUCAGUGACGGCCACGGGCCCACCCUGUAUAAGGGGGCGGUGAGCAGAAACACCCUUUUGUUCUUUGUUCUACAUGGAAUGUCGAAUUCGCCCUGGAUGAGCGAGUUG